CCCUGUUUCUUCCUCUCUCUCCACUCUGUUUUCCCCCCCUUCUUUCUCUCUCUGAAUCUCACCAGAAGAAGAGAAAACAAAGAAAGAACAUGGAUCCAGUGACAGUAUGGGGAAACACUCCGUUGGACCAGGUGGACCCUGAGAUCCACGACCUCAUCGAGAAGGAGAAGCGUCGCCAAUGCCGCGGGAUCGAGCUCAUCGCGUCCGAGAACUUCACCUCCUUCGCCGUCAUCGAGGCCCUCGGCAGCGCCCUCACCAACAAGUACUCCGAGGGAAUCCCCGGCAACCGCUACUACGGCGGAAACGAGUACAUCGACCAGAUCGAGAACCUCUGCCGAUCCCGCGCCUUGGAGGCCUUCCACUGCGAUCCGGCCAAGUGGGGUGUCAAUGUGCAGCCUUACUCCGGCUCCCCUGCCAAUUUUGCCGCCUACACCGCCGUCCUCCAGCCCCAUGACCGCAUCAUGGGUCUCGAUUUGCCAUCGGGUGGCCAUCUCACUCAUGGGUAUUACACCUCCGGCGGUAAGAAGAUCUCCGCCACUUCCAUUUACUUUGAGAGCUUGCCCUACAAGGUGAAUUCCGAGACGGGAUUCAUCGACUACGAUAAGCUGGAGGAGAAGGCGCUGGAUUUCAGGCCCAAGUUGAUCAUCUGCGGUGGCAGUGCGUACCCUAGGGACUGGGAGUAUAAGAGGUUCAGGGAGGUUGCUGAUAAGUGUGGCGCUCUUUUGCUCUGCGAUAUGGCUCACAUUAGUGGCCUUGUUGCUGCUCAGGAAGCUAACAACCCAUUCGAGUACUGUGACAUUGUGACGACCACAACCCACAAGAGUUUGAGGGGACCUAGAGCUGGUAUGAUCUUCUACCGCAAGGGACCUAAGCCAGCAAAGAAGGGACAGCCAGAAGGCGCGACCUACGAUUUUGAGGACAAGAUCAACUUCUCUGUGUUCCCUUCUCUCCAGGGAGGUCCUCACAACCACCAGAUCGGUGCACUUGCUGUUGCAUUGAAGCAGGCCAACACCCCUGCAUUCAAGGCCUAUGCCAAACAAGUGAAGGCCAAUGCAGUUGCUGUUGGUAACUAUUUGAUGAAGAAAGGGUACAAGAUGGUCACUGGUGGAACUGAGAAUCACCUUGUUCUGUGGGAUCUCAGACCUCUUGGGUUGACUGGCAACAAGGUGGAGAAGCUUUGUGAUCUCUGCAACAUCACCGUGAACAAGAAUGCAGUGUUCGGUGACAGCAGUGCUUUGGCCCCAGGAGGCGUGAGAAUUGGUGCACCGGCCAUGACUUCAAGAGGGUUGCUGGAGAAGGACUUUGAGCAGAUUGGUGAGUUCCUCCACCGUGCAGUUACCUUGACACUGAGCAUUCAGAAGGAAUACGGGAAGCUGUUGAAGGACUUCAACAAGGGUUUGGUGGACAACAAGGAGAUUGAGGCCCUGAAGGCUGAUGUUGAGAAAUUUGCAGGUUCCUUUGACAUGCCAGGUUUCCUCAUGUCCGAGAUGAAGUACAAGGAGUAACUAGGGUUUGGUUAUACUUCAUCCAAUUUAUAUUCCUGAAGUAGCAGCGUGAAUUUUUACCCGAUUAUGAAUUUAUGAUUGUCUCCCCACCAAAGAAAGGAAAAGAAGGGGUUUUUUCUGUCUUUUGUUGGCUUCAUAGUUUGUUAGGUUGUCCAUUUCACAUUAUUUUCCCCUGUUUGUCGGAUGUUCUCCUGUUUGAUGCAUCUGUAUCCUCAUUGCUCUGUGCUUUAUAACCUAGAUUGUUGGCAAAAUCAAUAAAUCAAGCAGUCGAAUUACAGAUUUCACAUAACUUUGAUCUUUCUUGGCUAUAGCCACUGGAAUUACAGUUGUUAAACCGGGGUUGGACUGACCGGUUUAGCUUCAGCUGGUCUUGGUCGAACGAUUGCCUUUUGCAGUUUGAUCGAACGAUUGAGCUUGCGAAUCCCUUCCUCUGCUUUCCUCUCCAAGCGCUUCCACUCUCUGCAUUUCACUGCAAAUCGAGCUCAGCUUGAUUUUUUUUCCUCAGCCAACCUUUCCAACUCUUCCUCUAGCCUUUUGACAUCACGUAAUAUGUUUGAUGCAGCAACCUUUUCCUCCCUUAGACCAUGCCAGCGUAGCUGAAUGUGCUGCAGAUCAUUUUCCAUGUACCUUAGCUCAUCCCUUAACUUUUCCAGUUCACUCUGCAGAGAAUCCCUAGUUACCAAGAGAAGAUGAUCAAGAUAGCAAAAGACCUUGCCGACGAUUGCCCAGCUCCAUGCUCGAUCUCUUCACACCAUUUCUCCUAUCUCUUUGUUAAGGUGCUCGCUCAUUUCACAAUCCUCUUUCGUUUCUGUAUGUGCUCUCUGUUGAACGAUUCCUUUGCACUAUCGUUUCCCUAAGUAGACUGAACAGAACCUAUCCGACCAAUUAUUGAAGGGUAGAAACUUCGCUUGAAAUUGGUUCAAUUCAUGCUCUUUUGGGCUUCCCAUUGUUGGCGCUCCAGUGAUUCUUUAUGUCCUUUGCCACCUGCUUAUAAUCUGGUGGAAUUGCUUUCUCAUGUUUUCUACUGCAGC